AUGGACGAUAUGCAAGAAGGUACGCUUUGAACUGCCUUCUGAACUUUAUUUGACGUGUUACUGGAUUCUAAUUAAUUUGCCGUGCUUCUUCGCAGAUAUUUUUUUGCUUGUUCACGCAUUUCGAUUUCAACGUCUCGUGUUUUUUCGCGUUCUCAUGCAUGAGGCACCGGUAUUUACUAUUAAGCCCCCAGAUCACCACAAAACUGAAGCGAACCAGGAUAUUUGAGAUUAUUUAAAUCAUAUGCUGGUAAAAUUUGUGCAGUGCAUUCUUUUGCGCAGAGCGUUUUGUCUGCUUGGACAGCAUAUUAAAUUUAAUAUCCGCAAUAACAAUUCUGGACCUUAAGGUCCAGACUUGUUCUUCUUUUUUACUGCAUCCGCAUAUAUAUGCGGAUAUCUCGAGAUAUCUCGACAAAGAUUUGUCCUCGCACUUUUUGUCCAAAUUUUAACGAUCGCCCUUCCCUUAUUUGUUUGAUUUCUGGGAAAUAGUUGACCGAAUUAUUGCAAAUGUCUGCCUCAUGGAUAACAGUUUUGUUUGUAUCUGCGUCACCUAAAUAAGUCCCUUUGAUAUUGGUGUUCUACGUGUCGCUCGUGGUCUCUACGACAAGUUUUUUCAUAGGUCAUUUGGACGUACUUCUGGUGCGCUUAUUCGAACCACCGUUAACUAAUUAAUGCCCAUGCCAGUCCUCUAGCCGAUCUUACUAUCACUUGACAAUUAAUCUGAAUGAGAGCUAAUAUCCAUGAUGAUGAGGAAAUUCUCCGCAACUCUCUAAAACUUUCUACGUCCACACCUUAACGAUCUGCUUUGUUACUUAGUCCACGAUACUCUCUUAGAAGCAUAUCAUCAAUUCACCAAGUUUAUUUGAUAAGAGCCAGUUGUGGCUCGUCUCCAGCGCAUAGGACUAAGGUCCUUACACCAUAAUCUGUCUGACGUUUGCGUUGUAUUCCUCACUUCUUAAGCUAUUAAUCUUUACCAUUUUGUCUUGUAUUUUUAUGUGCAUGACUUAUAGUUUAUCUCAGAACUGAUCGAAAAAUGUCGUCUGCUAUAGUGCUUUUUCUCACAGUCGCCUCUUUGUGGAUCUACAGUUUGACAAGAUGGAAUCUCUUAACCUUGAAAAAGUAUUGUGGUACAUGUCUGUUUUGACGCUACCUAUUUUUGCGUUUUGAAAUUACCAGAAAACAUUUUUGGAUUUGUUUUCUCGUAGCUUCGAAGGAACACCCUAUAGCUCCUACAGUUUGAAUGGUAUUGAAAUAUCUGUCAUGUUUUACGAGCGGACGGAAGAUUCUUUUGGAUACCAAGUCAGGCAUUUAAAAAAUCACGACUCCCCGUGAUGAACUAUAGCAAAAAUGAACUUGCGUCACUCGGAAAUUACAUUAGGACUUACCUAAAUCAUCUUGUUUUUUAGGCUAUCACGCUACUGGAAAGGAAAGCACUUUACCAGUUUAAUUGCAUGAAAGAAUUUUUGUCAUUUACAUACGUAGAAGAACAUGAGUACUUCUCUAUGGACCUGAAAUUCCUAGUUUCAGUUUUAGUCAUGAAGAUGUUAAUUUUUACACUUUGUAUUUGAUCCUUAGAGCUAAUUAUACAUUAUUUUAGUUGAUCGCCGUUCUUACCAAAUGCUUAGGGUAUUUUAUAACCACAUAAGCCAGACACACGGACCUCUUGACACGUCGGUAUGAGGGUUGGCCUUUUUGCGUUUCUAUUGCUUGGGAUAAAUUGAUUCCCCUUGAUUUGUUAGCUUGAACUGACGGCAGCUACAGCUUAUUGAGUUGGCACUUAUUAAAUGGUUCUCAGUUACGUCUGGCGAUUACCAAUGCUACUCUCUAGGACCAUUACAGAUGCUGCAUUACACCAUGAGUCCUUCUCCACGACCUAUUUUGGCAUUCGCUUUGUGUAUUUAACGGAGGUCAGUCAGUCUUGAUUCGAGAAUUGCUCCUGUCCAUUUACUGUUGUAGGUCCUUAGCCUACGGGUAGAUUGAGGAGACUGUCUCUAUUCUAUUUUUCGUCAGAAUAGGUACCACAGUCCUAGUUGCCGUACCGCUGGGACUUGUCAGAGAUGCAACAUUCUAGAGUAGUUUCCUCGGCGGCGAAACACAUCUUCAUCCAAGUUAUGCCAUUUUUGGUAUGAAAACUCCGAACGACUCGCCUUUCAUGAAGACCAGACAGAAACCAACGGUAUUUUAUCAAGCAAAACAACCAUGGACCAAAUAUACGACGUCUAAAUAAUAAACGGCCUGAGGACUGAAAAGUCAUUCCUUAAACUUAAGGAUUUUCCGAGAUGGUACCUUCAUUUCAGUACAUACAAGUGGUACGCAUUAUCCGUAGACUAUGAGCUGUAACCCGGUGUUGCGUGAUUCAAGUGAAGCAUCCACUGUUACUUGCGGCAGUCGUGACCGCUAUCCAUGUCGCACGCUGAAAUGCUGGUGACAUCUUCAUCGGAAAGCCGGACGACAGUUACGUACUUGUCCACAUGGGUCGGGAUUUUUGUUGUCUUGGCUCGAAGACACACGAAGUACAGGUGUUCAGGCGAAAUUGUACUAUUCAAUCGAUCUUUGUGCAUCGGCGCGCGGACGUUUGCCACAUGACCCUAGGCGGUUGAUUAAAUAAUCACCCUCCCCCAUAGUAGGCGCUGUUUUUUUACGCUGUCUGCUUUUUUCGAAGUCGGAACCUGUUCAGGAUAGAAAACGCAUUUCGUAAAUGAUGACAUUUUGAGCGAGUGGAUAGUUGGAUGUCGGUCGCGGCAUUCAACUGCAGUUAAUCGUCGUUGUACCCUUCCCGUUAUGGAUAGUUUCUGCUAGUGGAUGUCCCAUAUUCAUAUCUCUUCCUGCUUUAGCUUUUCCAGUUAUAUUUUAAAUCUGACCUUAGUCCUUCUGCCGUAACUACCAUCGAGGGGACAAUUUCGUCUUAACUUCUUCGAAGCCAGACGUGUUGCAGACGGUCGUGAUGUUGACCGAUGCAUUUUUUUAUAUUCGUCCCGCAAUACGAGCGAUCAUUCAGUUUCACGCUGCGAGAACUUUGUUUUGCGAUUAAGUGCGUCCAACCAAACCGGUAUUUCAUUUAGUCUGCCGGUGGUCUGGUUAGAAGUCUUUGCACAAGUUUUGAAUUCGUCUGAAUCAAGUGUUUUUGCUGUACAAAAUUCAUUGCAGUUUGAUCAGUGGUUUUGUGCGUGGUAAACUUGCUGCAGUACAAUACGUUUUUACUCCGCUCCACCCCAGGCCGACUACUGUUAGCCGCACUAAUAAUGGAAAGUCGGCCAUUUCAUAAAGCUAAAAUAAUAAUUUAGCGUCCCCUUUCGAUCUAAAUAUUCUAUCAAACUAGAGUAAAAUGGCACGUUUUAGUUCUCUUAAGGCAACCUACCCUUUACGAAUUUCACGAAGUUACUGGAAUCUAUCUAUCUAGGUCGCCAAAGUUAUCGCCACCGUAACCCUUGCUUAACAUUGACGCCCGGAACUGGGCAGACCACCGCUUGAGUCUAAGCGCUCAGAUUCGUAUCUUUCCGCACACAAUAUCUAGCGGCAUGCUAGACCCCGCCGUUUAAACCAUUGCUUUUAAACUGUCUACUGCAUGCUACGUUGAAUCAGACUUGCGAUGAACAUUUAAAGACAAUGACUAUUUCUGGUUUGUUAGUCGAUAUCGACCAGUGAUACCCCUUACUGCUGCCACACCCCAAGCGUAAAGACCAGCAUUUAGCGGAUUAUGGGGCACGGAAUUCUGACGCCCUAUUCACAUGUGGUAUCGUGCCUGCCCCCUCUCGGUUGCAGCCAGUAAUGUGCUCAUGAUUUGUUAGAUUUAUGGGGUGAAAAUUAGAAUUGUGGAUGACAAGAAAUAUCGUCUUCGGCGAUAUUUGGGUUUCGUUUCUUCACAAUCCCCUACUUUCCUUAAUUUUUAGGGGCCAAUAACUUCGCCGAUGAGAUAAUGAAAAACUCGGAAAACCGCCGUUUAGGUAUGCAUCUCGAUCCUAGCGUCCAUCUCUCUCCGUGUUUCCACAGAGUAUCCCUGCUGGCGAAGUUCUUUUGACCUGUCUUCAAUCAUGGACUCGGUCAGUGAGGUAGGUUUCACUUCCUUCCUCUCAUAACUUAUCUAUUUUCCUUCAUGAAAGGAACCACUGCUCGAUUAUGGGUCUUCAUUGGCUGAAGCUUCUCAAGCGUCCAAAUUUCCUGUCGAAGAGUGUAAGUGCUCUACCCUUCCCUCCUCCACUUAGGUUCGGCUUCUCUAUCUUUUCGCAGUCUCCAAUCUCUUGAGGAACGUUCUAAAGUCUGUGCCUCAGCUGGUUAGUUGAAACCAUUGCAAAACUUCGUGAAAAUUAACAAUAAGUGUAAUGUUAUGUCUUUACAAGUAAGGACAAUGCUCGUAUGUGGAGUGUUGCACUUUUAUAAUAAGAGUGAGGCCGAUCAUUUUCACCUAACGUCUAACACGACUUACAUUCGUCUAACGGCUUAUUUCGGCUUCUUUGCUCUAGGAGGCUAACAGUCGGGCAACUAUCCGUGGCGGUACUUUGCCCAAUCGUAAGACUCAGUUAAGCUCCCUAGUCUUGAAACCGCCCGGCUCCUGUCCCGAUGUCGGCGAACCGCCAACAAAGGUUUGCUUUUCGAUAUUUUGUGUCCAACAUUUUUCGAUAUACAUCCGGGAAGGUUUCCGCUGCAUCAAGAUACCCCUUUGUUUCAUACUACACGUUGUUUUCUGCCAAUGAUUUUGUAGUGCAGUCUGGACUGCCAGUAAACCUAACGUCCGCUGGGAGUCUACCAGGCCUGUUGCAUGGCCCUCUAAUCCACGUCCGGCUGCUGGGCGAUCAUUUAGCUCCUUCAUAACUAAAAGCAUCUGACUUUGUCAAGCAGUCUAUCAGUUGUCAGGUUAAUUCCCCGUCACCGACAUUAAAACCGUCUAUACGGGAACUUUGGCCGCGGCUUUUUAUGUGCCAUUUGUCGCUUGUGUGCUCGCGUCGGAAGUCGACCCGAGCAAAAUGCUCUAUUGAUGACGUUUAAGUAGCUGUUAUACAUAUUAUUCCCGAAUCGCAGCGAAUGCUCACACUCCUGGUGUAUGUAUAAAUUGGGAAGGCGGCUGUUCCAUCGUCGGAACUAUUUAUUUAUUCAUCUUAACUUAUGAACUCGUACAGGAGUUCAUCGUCAGAGAUAAAAGCAACAAUUGUGGGGAUUAUUAAUCACUCGAACAUCAGCUAUGCGCAUCUGCAGGUGACUGUGUAGGGCUCUGUAUGUUGGCGCCAGAUCGAUACAUCGAUUGACCAAGUUCUCAACCGCGGCUCAGACUUCAAUCGAUUCGCCACUUGCCUUGCUUCCUAGGUGGGCGAUUACCCUCAGUAUUGCAAAGUUAGACUUGUGACCCGUCGUGUAGGUGUGGGUAGCAACUUGUGAUAAUCCGUCACCCGUCGCACAGUCAGCGUAUGUUCGGAUAUGCAUGAUCCGAGUAUGCGUUUGGUCUGUACUGUGUAACCACAGUGGCAGUUUAGGUAUAGGAUACGAUAUAUUACACGCGAAUACUCCCUGAUAUUUAAUCAUUCCUUGAUUUUUAUGACCGUGCUGUGCAUAGCAACAAUGUGCAGAUCAAGGGACCUCCAAGAGGCUUCCCAGUCACCGAUUUAAUGGCAGAACUGGUUCUCCUUCAGAUGGAAAAGAUUGCCUUCACCCAGCAGGCAUCGAUUUUUUGACACUGAGACGUGGACGACAGGAAGAACACGCUGCAGAAUUUCCAUAAUCUGCUCUACUCUAUCUUUCCAAAUAUACAGUUCACGAGGAAAGGAAAUAAUUGGCAACGGCUGCCCUUCCUGUAUGUGCCCUACAGGCAAGUCCCAACGGCAAAUUAGAAACAACGGUCUACAAGAAAGCUGCGAGCACUACGCAGCCUUUCCGUUUUCUCAGUAACCAUCCGGUGGCUCACGAAAGAAACUGUGUGAAAACACUUUUAAAACGGAUUCAGAUGCAUUACAACAGCCCGAAAGUAUUGUACUUGAGGCCUGAUAUCUCCACGACCAAUUUAUACGGAACGGUUAUCCGAAGGCGUUCACUUGCCCAUUCUUACGCGUCCCCUCCCCCGGGAGGACCGAUCCAGAAAGAGCACCUAUGGUAUGGCAUGCCUCGCCAUACAUCAGGGACAUGUCGGAGGCGACCAAGCGCAUUGCUUCAGGACCAGGCAUCCGGAUUGCACACCGACCCAAAGCUCCCAUGCGCAGCAGUGUCAUGAAAGUCAGAGACCGAUUAAAUCCCAGGGAGUAUUCGCGUGUAAUAUAUAGUAUCCUAUACGUAAACUGUCCUUGUAGUUACACAGCACUGACUAAAUGCAUACUCAGAUCGGGCAUAUCCGAACAUAUGCUGACUGUGCGACGGGUGACGGAUCAUCACAGGUGGCUACCCACACCUACACGACGGGUCACAAGUCUAACAUUGCAAUAAUGAGGGUAAUCGCCCACCUCAGAAGCAAGGCAAGUGGCGAAUCGAUUGAAGUCUGGGCCGCGGUUGAGAACUUGGUCAAUCGAUGUAUCGAUCUGGCGCCAACAUACAGAGCCCUACACAGUCACCUGCAGAUGCGCAUAGCUGAUGUUCGAGUGAUUCAUAAUCCCUACAACUGCUGCCGCCUUUAUCUUUGACGGUGAACUCCUGUACGAGUUAGUAAGUUACGAUGAAUAAAGAAAUUGUUCCGGCCAUCGAACAGUCUUCUUUUUUCCUAUUUAUAAAUAUUAGUUUUUUGUCUUCGCGGUGCCACCUGUGGGUGCUCCAGUCUGAGCUCCUGUUGCAGAAGGGGGCGCCUUCGUUUCUCUCUGAAAGAAAGUCAGGCCUUUGGAUGUACACUUCCAUGUGAAUUUACUAAGUUUGUGAUUUGCGAUACAGGCCUAGUCAGCAACUAAACGGUAAAUUUGAGCUGAAUACCAUUCUUUAGAUCGACUGGAAAGCAGAAAUGACCUGUUUAGAACUGCUGGAAGGGGUGGCUGAAAAAGAACGUACGAAUUCGUACACUUCUUUAAUUUCCAAAUUGCCUGAAUUUUCAUAAAGCUUUCGCCUCAUCGGGUUCAAUCCAUUACGGCCUGAGCGGGAUAGAACAUGUCUGUCCGCAAUAUGCGUGUGACUGAAAAUCGGUAAGGUGUGGUUAUGCAGCCCCACCUGAUGGACACAACACUUUUAUGGUCAGGGUUAGGGGUUGGGGCUACUAUUUCUCAACCACUCAAAGUGUAGCCGCGCAUUACCAAUAACUUUUCUUCCGCAUACAAAUACUUGACCUCAUCGUCUGUCCGUUCCCCGGUCCCACCUGUAAAAACUCCCUAUUACUAUCGGUCUCGUAUUACAGGCAGCUGCUGUUUGUUUACUUCAGGUGGGGCUAGAUAACCAGGUCUGACCUGAAAAUCUGUCGGGUCCAGGCUAGCGGCAACACUGACGAUUCCAAUAAGAGGGAAAUCGCAUUUUGCUGCAGGAAAGAAUAGAUGCAGGUGCGGGAGCGAUGGUUUCCUACAGAAGAGCUAAGGUACUUCCUGGGCAGACAGUUCGCUCGGGGAAGACGGCACGCGUGCGCCGACUAAGGCGUUCUCUUCGGUCCGUGUAGCCAUGUCAGUGAUGGGAAUUUACUGGUCGGUUGCCGGGGAGUGUGCGAUAUAGCAUACGCAACAGCACACAUGUUUCGCCGAUACCCUGCCGCUGCAUGACACAGCUGCGAGGGGUCCUGCUCAUUAUUUGGUCUCCUAGGGUUUCCCGCGUUCUUCCUGGUAGGUACUCCAGUUUCGAAAUUGUAGCUUUUUAAUUUCCUUAGGAAUCGAUCGCAAACUUGGAGUAAAUGUGUCUAUUUGAGACUUAUAGGCUUAGGCCGGAUGUCUGUUGGCAGUUUAUGCAUAUUACACGGCCAUUCCGCUGCGAAAAAUAAACUUCAGCCCAGGUAUUAAUUUCAAAUUUUACUCUGUACUUCGCAUGUUAGCGUUUGAUUUCGGAGGAAAUUGAAGGACCGCAAUUGGUCUGUUAAUUGGUAGGUCGACGCGUACGACUGACCGGCCCGCCCGGUUGGGCUGCUGGACGGAGCGAGCGAGGGAAGCCCGCAAAACUCACAUCUUGUCGUUCGAUGGACUUAAUCAAAUUCGACGACCUUGAACAUAAUCCUUCUCACUGUUGGUUAGAAACCUUGCCAGUUUUGAUAUCUAAAUUUUGUGACCUAUCAGAAGGAAGGUCAAGAACCUCACACUGAAUUCCCGUCCACUCCGCAUUCCCGACAGCUUUACAGCAUUCAAGAAAUGGCCGGUCCUCAAAAGAAGGGGUAGUUUGGUUUAUAAAGCAUUACGUAUUAGCUAAGAAAUUGUUUGUUUUAUCGAAAACCAUCAGAUCAUGAUACGUCUUCUUGACUGGUCAAUUAUUUAAGGUCUAAUAUAACUGACAACAGAGAAGAAAAAUAUUAUAAAACGACAAGAUAAUGGAAAGUAAUGAUAAAUACAACGUAUUAGUACUUUACUGCUUGUCCCUUUACUUUCAAAACUUCUAUAAGUCGGAAGAGCAUGGAUACUACGAAGUUGUCUUUGGUGGUUAAAUCUGUUUAGUAAGUAAGCAAAAACCCUGCUUUUGUUCGAUUGGCGGGUGUUUUCUUGCCUCGACCCGGUUUCUUUUGAUUAACGCAAAAUGAUUUUCGGUGAGAUUGAGGUCAGGACUAUUGGCUGGAAUAACUGUGCUCUGCAGGGGACGGGCCGACUCUGGUCUAAAAAGUAUGUUAUAAUUGUAAGCUAAGUUAAAAUCAUACCUCCUUUGAGCGGGGAACAAGGGCAUUUUCUGGCUAUAUUACAGUUUACAUUCGACGUCGAGAAAUGCCGUUUUAACCGAAGGCAUCCUUUACGAUGUCAAUUAACACCUUGCUAUCAAUGGUCUCCUUUGUCGACUGCCAGAUCGAUUGCUCACCGAAUCUGAUAUCUACUCAAACCAUCAGGCGCCGACAGCUCUUGGAAGUUGUUGUUGAUACAGUGUGUCCCCGUGGGGAGUUCUUCCCCCAUAUGACCGUGUGAACCGAUUUCGUAGACUUAUUUAUGAAUAAGACCUCAUCACAAAGUAUUUGCUUUGCGGAAUAAAAGUUUGUGGUCGGUAUACUACUGAGCAAACAAAAAAUUCUCUUAUAAUUCAUAGAUGUUUUGGCAGAUUUUGAAUAAUUCAUAUUGACUCAACUGUCAAAAAUUCGGCGCCUCAGUGGGAUUCGAACCCAUGACAGUAAGAGGAAGGCUUUAGUACAACCAACGCUCUAACCACCUGAGCUACGAGACCCCGCCGGACGACGCAAGUUUAAUCAUCUGGUGGAUUCUAGGUGAAUUACUUAGGAAAUCCUGCUUGGGCAGUCAGCUUACUGUAUCAGAUUUGGCGGAUUCCGGACGCUGCAGUAGGUUGAGCGGAUAGCUUGACCCAAGUGUGAUUAAACACGCGUCGUCCGGCGGGGCCUCGUAGCUCAGGUGGUUAGAGCGUUGGCUGUACUAAAGCCUUCCCCUUACUGUCUUGGGUUCGAAUCCCACCGAGGCGUCGAGACUUUCACAGCUGGAUCAAUAUAAAUUCUCUUAUGAGUCCCCUACUUAAAAAUGAUUUUGUCAUGACAUUUAGCUGAUAGAGCCUAAAUCCUUUCCUCCUUUUUUAAUUAUGCACAGUGAAAACAUUGACAAAUGGUUCCUGUGAGUAGCCUUAAGAGGCAUAUAGUUGUACUUUUCAGUAUAUAACGAAUAAAUCCGUCGUCUUGCCUGCAUGUGGAUCGUUUAAGUACACCUUGCUUGAUUAUAAGCACUGUUCUAUUAUUAAUAAUUCCUUACAAAGUGGCAUGGCUAGUAUUGAAAAUGCUAGCUAACGACUCACGCGGCAGCCCUCUGACUGCCAAUUUUCGUAUAUGCUCAAAAUUGACGCCCCACGGGAAGUGCUUCGACAUCUCCAUCGCAGGGCGUGACACAGAAAAGUGACAGCAUGUCGCGGCUACUCUAUAAAUAUUUGUUUUCGCCGACUAAUUCGCUCUGUGAUAGAGCAAACUACUGCCAAACAAGUUUCUUGCGGGAUUUCAUGGUAUAGAGGGGUAAAAUUUUUAAAAUAUGAUCUUUGGCGCGUAAUCUCCCUUGUUUUUCGAAACAACUGCGUUUUCUCAUGUCUGAAUCCACCUGGCUUUCACGGACGCAGAAUCCUAUUGUCCGUUUCCAGGAGGGAUUUACUUAAAUAUUCUUUUGCCUUUAUUAAUGUCCCUUGAUAGCACAACGCGCAAAAACAAAAGGCUUUGACAUGUGAUGCUAAGUAACGUAGCAAGUUACUUGGAUGUCAGGAGACGUCCUAUUUCGUCAAAUCUUUGCCUGUUUUCUUCCGCGAAACAGAUUUGAAAUGAAUUCUGUAAUAAAAGGCCUUCUGUCCCUCAACUCAAUUUAACAAAAAAAAUUAACCUCAACAAAUGUGUGCGGUACCACCCACUCAAAUGUCGAUGGGGACAUUUUAUGAGUUAGGCUAUCUAUAGCUGACACGAUUAAGUCCUUGACCACAUCUUUCUACGUUUCAUUAAUCUCGAGUGUCUUGGCAGCUUAGGCCGACAUAUCUGCACAUCGGGCUCUUACCCGACAACGAAGACAAAUACGUGUCAAUUACUCAAUGCAAAUAUAGGCCUGCUUUAAGCGGCCUUGUGCCCUUUUUAACCGGGCUAAAUUAGUAAUGCCAUCAUCAGUGUGGCUGUUAUUAAUCACAGACUGCAGACCGUAGGCCCUUAUGCAGGCUAACUUGUGGCUUCCGUAUUCCAUCAAACCGAUAAACUUAGUUCUUGGCCUCUGAUCGACCCAACCUAACGUUACGAGACGUGGCUAUCAAAGUUUCCUCACCCCUGUUAUCUAUUCCUUUUACGUUGUUCGCGAUUGUUAGGGACCGUGCCACAAUUCUCUACAAGUUGUUUGUGCGGUGACAGGUGUACAUGAUAAGUUACCAGGCAUCACUUAACGCUACGCCAACUUUAGACGCAUUGUUUUAUCGGGCGGGGGAAGGGGGUGCCUUAGUCUCUCGGUUUACCUGAUGAGCACUCUUUCAAUUUGUUACUUAGAUGUUCAUCUGACUGCCUCGUGACAGUUUCGCGGUGUUUAAUACCGACUUCUAGGACCGACGCCUAGAUCAGAGAAACAAACCCAUACGAACGUAAGGGACAAGGAGGCCCAUUGUUUAUCGUUAAUUAUUGUACCACCCGCACAUCUUCUUAUUUGCUAGAGGACCUUAUCAAAACACCAAUUUCCGAACCAAUAAAAAACUUUCUGUUUAGAAGCUCGCUUCAGAACCGUCGAGAGGGAUUGUUCCGCCGCCUGGACGCCAACCAAAUAAAUCAGUAGGUCCUUCGGUAAGUUUACUUUGUCAUGCUAGUCCCCCCAGUCGCAUUAAAAGUCCCAACAACUGUCUUUGAUCGAAACGUUUAUUUUAGUUUUCUUUUUAGGUAGACACGUCGUUUGAGUUGUCUUGUGUAUACGUAUGCAAGUGUGGUUUUCACACAAGCACUACCAGCACAGACAAUCCUGACCGUAAAGUGAUUAUAACGGGUCCUGGAAUCAAUUCGCACGUCAAACAUCCUUAGAUUUUAAAGUUCCAUUUCGAGCUUUAGUAGAGUGGCGUUAGAUCAGAUGUUUCGAUGAGAUCUGUGUCACAGUGACAUUUCGACCGCCCACCUUGUCUUCCACAUUAGGAUGAGACUAGGGACGGUGACUUGUGCGUGAGUUAGUUUAAAGUGAUAGUAAGCUUACGCAGCAUCUACCGCACUCUCUCCUCUUCCCACACCUGGAUCCGGUGUCAAGGCAGAGUGAAGAAUACCGAAGGUGGGAGAGGACUCGGGUGGCCAGCACGGUGAAAGUGCGCACCUAGGUGUACUGCCACACCCCCUGGUCCACAACGCGUACACUGAGCACCAGGUGGGAGUGCCAUAGAAGCUACAGUAAGGAGACAUUGCAGUCUGCCUCUCAGUCUACCAGUAGGCCACUUCACACACUUGGUUGACUGUGAUGCCCGGGUUAUUCCGUCAUUUGGCAACCUUCCAUGCCACUGCUUUUAGUGUACUGUGUUAGAUUCAAGCGCGUCAAGUUGUUUAUGGUGAGGAAAUUAUGCUCUGGCUGCUAUUUGGGUGGGAGUGAGUCCCCAGGCUCGACCCCAUUCUCUUCCUUCUCCCGGGCACCAGUACACUGCCCGCACCGGUUAGUCCUCUGAUGCAUGGAUCGGACGCAAGUGCCUCACUUCUAGGCAGCCCGUCUGCGCCUGCCACCCACGACCUGGUAUUGGGCACAACAAGCCAGGUUUUCGCGCAAAGGAGGUGGGCGGCUCGGAUGUCACACGCGUAAAAAGCACCCUAUAGGGGGACAUGUAAAGAAGGAGUCAUUAAGCCUGAUCUACAGCCCGCCAAUCGAUCACUCCACGCAAAUGCAGGGCCGACUGCGACGUCUGCAUUGCAUCUUCAGCUGACAACCUUCGGAGCCACGGCGUUUAGUGCGUCGUGAUAGGUUCAGCGCGUCAGAUUUGCCAUAGUAAGCAGUGUGUUGGAGUGCUGCAUGGAUGGAGUCCCGUGUCGGCCUCUCCUGCCGCCCUCGUGAACCAGUCGAUGGUCCGACGAUGACUCCCUGGUUUUCCCCCUAUUUGACCGUCGAUCCCGACGAUGUCUACCGUGUGCCACACAACAUUGUUGGUGUAGGGAUGCUGGCUUGCGCGUGGGUUAGUUCAUAGUGACAGAAGACUUGCUCUACGCAUACCGUACCCUCUCUCUCUUCGCUCACCUGAGUCCGCUGUCAUGACAAAGUCGAGAAGACUGGAGGCGGGAUCAGGCGCUGGUGGUUGGCGCGACAUGAGCUCGCCCCUAGUCCUGCCAUCGCAUCGCGCUACGUGGCAGUUUGUUAUGCGUGAGUAUCCCCAAUAACGCCUGUCGUGCCCUGAUCUGGCUCCCUUGUCGGUUCAGCGCAUCUACCGGGUGGCCCGUUUUAGGAGCCAUGGUCGUAUCCGUCUGUGUGCAAAAUCGAGAUCUGUGCUCACAGAGGACUCUGCUACGGACGAUGCAGAAUGCUAAUUCAUUCUCUAGCAUCGUGCCCGUUAGAACCGCCACAGAAAUUCGCUGUCAUAUUCAUUAUUGUUAUUGUUGUUGUUAUUACUGAUACGUUUUUUCAUUGAGGCAUCUAACACAUGCUGGCUGGACUUUAUCCUUGGCUCAUGUAAAUGUUUACCGCUUCAGGCCUCUUGACCCAUGCAUCAGUUCUUAGAGGUCUGAUUUUCGUUUACAAGGGCAUACCUCCAUAACAUUUUUAUGUCACGUAUGUCAUUUCUUCGAUUCUGAUAACUUAUACCCCUUUUUCCCUUCUAAAGGCCCGAGAACCAAGUGGGCAUGAUCAUCCCUCCAGCACAAGUCCUCAAUUUUUGACUGCGAAGCAGCAGGUUCGUUUCUGACACUGACCUUCUGUUUUCCCUUCUCUCUCCGUCUCUCCUAAAAUCCUGCGAACUCUGCCCAUCAAGUCGCUAACACCACCUUUAGUAACUUAGUCGCCAACUUCCCCUAAUUUUGUCCACAACAGAACGACCAGAAGGCGCGUCCAUUAUGAGCAAGUUUCAAAUCAGCCAGUUUCUCAGUGCUGUCAUCAUACACUCCGUUUUAAAAACUGACUCCAGGGUAAACAGGCUUUGACGUCCGACGUGUAAGCAUUCCUGAACCAUGCAAUAGUAAUACCUUCAGAUGUGGGUGGUCAAGAAUCCAGCAAGGGUUUCAAGCAAGAGCGAUGGUUUGACAUGGCGACUGGUAUCUGUCGUCAGAUAUCACUCUACCCGCCACUGCCGCCGCCUUCCAGCACAAAUCUGCAGUUACAAAGUAGAAUGCAGGAAGGACACCUCGGCACCGUCCACCCUUGAAUUCGGAAAGCAACCCCUCAGCCAAAUCGUUCAACUCCAGUUUGGUUCGCCGGACCAAGGCUUAACCGAGUCUUUUGACGUCUGAAGGCCCAUUGUUCACGCCCUCUGGUUGGUCUUAACGAGUAGUAUUGGCUCCUCUAGGGUUCAUUUUCCGCCGAACGGCAACAGCCACCAUGUUCUAGUGCUCUGUCAUGCAUUAGAGGUGGUUGCACAUACCGAACUGCUGUCUUUCUCCUGACCACCACAAUCACGGCCUGCAGGAAAAACCCCCAUUAGGACAAAAUCACAUUACCGUAACUACUUUAUGGUACGUGAUUUUGGAUAGUGGAAGGCAGUGGGUCUGAUUUUAUCAACCCUUAAUGUUAUUCAAACGUAUCGAUCCCCAUAUUGUCGAUAAUUGCUCUUUUGUUUCCGUCUACGUUGUGAUUGAUAAGAAAUGGGACAAGCAUCCACACAUGUGGCCGGAAAAUGUGUGAGCCCGGGAAGCACACAUUUACAAGAGGAAGUUGUCAUAGUGAAGCUUUCCAGAGAACACGCGCGCCACGUUCGUUAGCUUGUGCGUUGAACUUGAAGAUAGUCAUCAGUGCCUCAGGAUGCAGCAAUGACUUGUGUUUGAUGAGGAUUUUUCUGAUAGACACUUGCGACGCAUCAACCUCACUCUCCAAUUACACAACAUUGUCAAGACAAGAAAUGGGUGUGGGCUCAUACCUCAUCAGACAUUUGCCUCAUGUGCUAGUGUCUCAGCCUGUACGAACUAGACUUCAAUCGUUUACAUAUUGUAUCGACAUCACGGAUUGCCUUUAAUUCGCUCUAGGACCUUAAAAUCUCUCACCGUACCGAAGACGCAGUUAUCAUGGUAAUUGGUAACCCCGCAAGUGACCUCAUUCUGGGCGCAGUGGUGAGUCACAAGCACGCCGCAGUUAUUGCGGUAUGAAGAGUUCGCACAGGCUGGACCCCCUCCCCUCUCUCACCUCUUUCGCCAUAAACCAGCGGAAAGGCUAAAUCCGAGGACAUGAGGUUGGACGCAGUGACGGUUGAAGUUUAAAGGCCCGUCUCGUCUCUUACACGCAUUCUGUUUGCUCAAGGAACACGAACCUGACUUGCAGUCAUUCGGAUACCUCGGCCAUUGUCAGCUGCAGUAAAGGCCACAUUUUAAUGACAUUGUAAUCUGGUUACCAGUCCUGGUAGCUGCUAAUUGGCAGUCUUCCAAGCCACAGCCCCUAACGCAUUCUCCAAUGUGCAAAUCUGGAUGGUCCAGGGCGGCUGCGGGGCGCCUAUUUCUCGUUUUGUGGACGACAAACCUCAGUCCAUGUAUGUUGCCAAGUCAACUUGUUUAGUUGCAAUCUCUUAUCUGUCGUGAAGAUGAAAAGUUAAAUUCUUAUCUGGACCUCGAUCAUAGAAUCCGUAUCCAGAAUCUUUUCAGCGGCCUGCGUCCGUCUAAUUAUCGUUCAUCGUUUGAACGUGACACAAGUUUCGAAUCAUCAUCAUGACUCCAAUAGCGAGGGUGACCAGCCAGCCUGGUGACUAGAAGCAGGCUUCUCUAAAUGUCCUUUAUGUGGUCGUCUAGAUCGUUCUCUAAAAUGUUUUAGAGCUCUAAUUGGUAAAGGUGUUUUGUUUUGUGGAGAGCAGCCGCACUUCCUCCACGCUCUUUACGCAUGCUUUUCAAAACGUUGUCGCACUUGUGACGACUUGUCAUCCACCCUGUAUGUUGUUGGAGGGCAAGAAGAGGAAGGGGUAGAUGAAGUAUCUCUUCAACUCACUGCCAGACAUGUGCCCAGUUUCCUAAACCUUCACACUUACAUUGCAUCACGUUUGUCAUCAAGCCUGUUUUGGUGCGCUUACUUGGCUAUCCAGACCACUAUCAUUACUGUUAUACCCUUUCCUCAGCUAAUCAUCACCAAUUGCAUCACGUUUGUCAUCAAGCCUGUUUUGGUGCGCUUACUUGGCUAUCCAGACCACUAUCAUUACUGUUAUACCCUUUCCUCAGCUAAUCAUCACCAAUCAAAGCAAAAAUUAUGGGAAACCUUCCUCUCCGGUCGUUGCCGCCAUCACGAAGAAAUCCCUGGGCAGGUAAUGUGACUGGCUUUUAUAUGCAAUUCCUGUCUUCCUUCCUAAGUCUACCGUCGGCGAUCAAACUAUAGUCUUACGGGCCGGUCUCCAGGAUUUUGGCGUUUUAUCCUGUGGAAUCAUGUCCCACCUUUCUGCGCUCAUUUGCGAAAGACGGCUUGCUCAAUCAUCCUCGCCAGCUGUGCUUUUCAGACAAUUUUUCGCACGUGGUUUAGUUUAGUUCCCUUCAACCUGCUGAAGAAGGGAAGGUACACCUAUCAGCGUGUACUUCGGCUUCGCUGUGCUAGGACUGCAGUAGGUGGGGUUUGCAGCAUCUUCCCUUGCAGAAGCCACGUAGGCGGUGAGAGAGAGCGUGUUGUGGAUUUUGAGGCAUCCCAUCAGUUCGCUCGAUAUGAUUCUGUCGUCGACUUUGCAGAGCACACACGUCAGGCUUAUGGGCUCCUGUAAUUUUUCGCCGGAAACCUACUGUCGCGUUUGUAGAGAAGCGCAUUUAGCAUGAUUUCUGGCGUUUUUGGCACUCCCGCUUUUUGAACAGCGUUGUUGUUUUAAACAACGUAAUUGCUUUCGAUAUUUAUUUCAGGUCCUUUUUUAACCUUACGUCGUUCAUUGUUAAUCAGGAGUUUUGGUUGAUACACCUGAGCGGGUUUUCGAGUGAUUAGAGAUAUUCCGCAAAUUUAGGCUAAUUUCGUGUGUUAGGUCACCCAUGUUCCGUCCUCCCCUCUAGCCACGUCGUCAAGUUAUAAAACGGGAUUCGGUCCUGAUUAUUAUGAAGGUCAAGGUACGUCUAUUAUCCUAGCCGCUACGGACCAUCGCGCGACUGACAAUAUGAGACAUCCGUCAAGCCACCCCUGCACCAAUGUGAUGUACGACCUGUGCGCCCAAUAAAUAUCCGUCGCGUAAAAAUAUCCCAUCAGUCGUGCUUGCGCUCCAUGUUCCUUAAUUUCUUUCUCCGUCCGUGUCUCUAGUUAGUCACGAUACAACUUGUCGAUUGUGCUCUCUUUACUCGCCGAAUUUGUAGGUGAAAUGAUCUGGGAUUAGAUAUCACCCGAAAUCCGCUCUGGUUGGUGAUAGCCUCAAGGCCAGAGCGAGUCUGGGUCUAAUUGUCUCCCGCAUUCUGUCUGUGCAAAGUUUGCUACCUGACGUCUUGGACAAGGACAGGAACCCAGUCAUCUGCACAUAUUCUGCAACCAUCUCUGCGUGGUUUUCAUUUCUUUUUGCCUCUGUUUUCUGCGUAGCCGGGGUCCAAGAACUGCGUUUGUACCCCCCUUCGCCCGAAACAGUUCUGAGGCCCCGGACUCUGAAGCCCGCAUCCCCCCUGCGGCUACAUUGCCGUCUACAAGCGGUGUCCCUCUUGUCGCUAAAUCUGAAAAUGGGCAGGACGUUGUAGUGGAUGAGCGCCUCAAACAAUUUGAUGCCAAAAUUGUUGACCUUAUAAUGUCUGAGGUGAGUAGAUGUGAAAUCUUUCAAAUGUACAUAAGUGGUUAUAAAAUUUCACCUUUUCUCCGCUGUAUAAGGUUAUUUUUUCCGCCACUUAAAAGUCAACCGUUUACGGACCUACAAAGUAUCCCUCUCAGAUGCAUUUCUUUAAAUACUCCCUCAAGGAAGAAGGGAGCUGAUCAGACAGCAGAACAUUGUUUUGUUAAGCCUUCAGACUCAUACGGGGGUCCAUUGUCAGAGAUGACCACAGCAGCAGAACAUGUGACAGUUAUGGGGGCUGUUAACUGACAAACGACCAGUGUCGCAUGUCUAGAGGUGGCUGCGCAAGACUGUGUAUGUGGACGCCAGGUCAAUGCAUUGAUUUAGUUGUCGUCAGAGGCUUAGGCUCCAAUCAGUCCUCAGAUUGUCUUACUUCCGAUAUGAGCGAUUAUCUUGGCGGCUGCGAAGUUUAACCCGACCUGUUUCGAGGAUGUGGGCAGUCACUUGUGAUAGUUCGUCACCCCGUCGCUCAGCCAACUUUUGUUCGUGUAUACGCGAUCUGAGCAUGCGUUCCGUCUGACCUGUAUAAUUACAAAGACAGUUGAGGCACGGGAAGCGGUAUACUGCACCCCUUUGCUCUCUAGAAUUUAAUCGGUCUUUGAUUUUCAAGAGCCUGUAGCGCGUGGUAGCUUUGUGUUUGUGGACAAUUGCAACGCCUAUUUACGCAGCAAUGCGUUUGGUCGUCUCUGAAACGUGCUUAAUAUAUGGCAGAUCAUGCCACAUCCUCGUUGAUCUGUGCAUACUGACUGACGCGACAUUUAGCCCUCACCCCUGUGUGCCACAUUCGUGCCACUUUUGCAACCUUCGUAAAGCAGAACGCACUAAGUGGAACCCCACAUCAGUAAGACCACUGGAAGGAGGGGUCAUUGAAGCCUUUGCCAGUUCGAAGAACCAUGUUAUCCCGUUAUCCGCCAACUCUUCAAAGUACGUCAUUUGGCUCACCCCGAGUGUUCAAAAACUCCGUUGAUAUAUAAUACUGUGGGGGAAAGCUCCGAUGGAUUGGUCUCACUCGAGGUUCCCUGUCUCGUAUCAGUGGUUGAUUUGCAGAUGAAACAGUGUGUCCCAUCUGA